AUGGUGAACCAUUAUGGUAAAUUCAUCCCCCAUCUACAUCAACUGAAACAUCCGUUGGAAGAUCUUACGCGCAAAAACUGCAAAUGGUCAUGGAAUCAGUCUCAUGAUCUCGCAUUCGACCAAAUCAAAAAGGUCAUGCUCAGCCCUCUUCUUCUGGAACAUUACGACCCCGAGAAGACGCUGAUAGUUGCAGCGGACGCGUGCGCCACCGGAAUCGGCGGCGUCCUACAACGAGACUCAAACGGCAAUGAGCGUGCUGUCUAUCAUAUGGCACAAAGCCUCACUGACGCCCAAAGGAAUUACUCCCAGUUAGAAAAAGAGGCCUUGGCGCUCGUCACAGCUGUCGAACGAUUUCGUAAAUUCAUCUGGGGAAGGAAAUUUAUACUCCAAACCGAUCAUAAACCUUUAGUCGCUCUAUUGCAAACGGAAAACACUAAGGGUCUCAAAGCCACCACAGCUGCCAGACUUAAACGUUGGGCACUGCGACUAUUGGGUUACGACUUUGAUAUUGAAUACAUACGCACUCAAGACUUUGGCCAGGCAGACGCCCUAUCUCGUUUGAUUGAUGAUUUUCGCCGUGACAACGCAGAAGAACUUCAAGUCGCCAGCAUUCAAGCAGUGGAAGCUGAUAUCCUCGAAGUGAAAAAUCUAUCAAUUGAUUUUUUCGGUAAAGGACUCCGUAACAAACUAAAAGAUGCUACCAAGGAAGAUCCUCUUCUGCGCUUGGUCUUCCAAGCUAUCCAAAAAGAUUGGAAGAUAAAGGAAAGUUCGGAGUCACUGGAACACUUCAGAAGACGCUCAGAAGAUCUCAGUAUCAUCGACGAUACUCUACUCUUCGGCGAUAGAGUGGUCAUUCCAGAGGCGCUCAAGUCUACAAUUCUAGCAGCUCUUCAUAAAGGCCACCCCGGCAUCAGAAGAACUAAACAGCUAGCUCGAGAAUACGUUUAUUGGCCAAAGAUGUCGGACGACAUAGAACACCUUGUAUGUCAGUGCGACUCGUGCGCGCUGAAUCAGAAACUCCCAACGAAAGCACCACUGGAACCAUGGCCUCUCCCAUCUCGCCCAAUGGAAAGGGUGCAUAUCGACUACGCAGGUCCAAUCGAUGGACAAUACCUGCUCAUUUUUGUAGAUGCCUACUCUAAGUUUAUAGAUGUGGCGAUCACUCCCACGAUCGCCGCAGCUCGCACAGUCGAUUUGUGCCGCGAGUUUUUCUCCAAGUUCGGUCCUCCAGACGUGCUAGUCUCGGACCAUGGAACGCAAUUUACCUCGAAAUUGUUCGCCGAUUUCUGUAAGGAAAUGCAGACCUCUCACCUGCUGGCAGCGGUUAACCACCCUCAAUCCAAUGGCCAGGCCGAGAGGAUGGUGAACACGGUUAAAAGGGCCAUCGCCAAAGACCCUACUAAUUGGAAAAGGCAGCUACACGAUUUCUUGCAUAGUUAUCGUUACACGCCUUGCUCAGAGUCACCCUUGGGGAAGUCUCCGGCUGAGCUCAUGUUCGGUCGACGCAUGAACUGUCCGCUCACUAAAUGGCUCCCGAAAUCCAAGACUCUCGAGCCCGUUCCAGCUGACACCUCUGUCAAGAAACAGCUGGCUAUGACAGAACAGUUCUCGAAGCAUCACGGCGCCCGUCCUCGACAUCUAACAGUGGGAGACCGCGUGGUAGUCCUUUCCCGAAAGGAUAAAAAAGAACAAGGCAUCAUUCAUAGAGUUCUGUCUAAAACCCGCUACUCUAUCCGUCUCGACGAUGGACGAAUCAUUGACCGCCACGUCAACCACAUUUGGAAAGGGGGUUCCGACCCGUCAACCACACCUACAGGCUCCAACAAAGACUGGAUGUUCCUUCAGUCACCCACGCCGGGGACCCCUCCAAGAGAACCUCCACCUGCUGCGGAGAUCGAUCAGCAUCCGGCUGCAACUCCGGCAGACCAGACCUCAGACAUCCAGGGCCCGAACUCCCCAGUAAACCAGACGACACCGGUUAGACCCACACGUAAUCGGAUGGCUCCGAGGAGACUAAUCAUGGAUCCGUCCGCCAAACGCUAUGCCCUGGGGUAG